CGGGAUUAUUAUCCUCACCCUUGGACGGUUUGAAAAUUGGAAUAAACACACGCCUGCACGGGUCCAAAGUCUCCGGACGAUGGUUAAAUACUGGCUUGCUGGCCUCUCAUCCACAUCCUUCAAACUUGAACACAAUGCCUGACUUCUCCUGCAAUAUCACUAUCGAGAACAAACUUAACGUCGACUUGGCUUUCCUAAGCAAAGGAAACGAUCAUGGCGACUGGGUUACAAACCCGCCCUCGAUUAUCAGUGCAAACAGUACCGCGAAGUUUGGGACGAAAGACGAAUGGGGUCCUUAUGGCUCUGAUGGCUGGGUCAAAUAUCGAGUUGGGCUCAACGACGUCAAGGACGACUCUGAUAAACCCGUCCUCUACAUAUCUUUCAAUUGUCCGACUGGCAACAAUGACAAUGAAUUCUACAUGUCGGUUGAUACUGCAGCAAGUAUCUUCAGUUUCACCAACACGGAUUUUCCGAAGAGGGAUCAUCCGCUCAAUGUCACCGGAACUGUCAACUUUGACACCAACGUCAAGACAACAACUGUGAUCACUUCCGUGAAGAUACCUAGUCCGAAACUUAACGUGUACAACUCCAAUAACGAGUUAUACAAGUCCAACAACAUGGAGGUCUGGAAUAACAGCAACCCCUCUUCGUUCGAAGACGAUACUACCGCCAACGUUCCUGGGUCAUACCGACCUGUGUCUUUCGAUCUUAGGCAGGACAACUAUCUCAACGCCAUCGUAGAUAUCGAUAAUGCACUUGUCGGCGUUCCUUUCUAUUUAUCUGGCAAACUUGGAACAGACGAGAACGUUGUCUUCAAUUCUGAUCCUCAAUUUUUCAAGUCCACCGGUUCUCGCACCAUUUCGAUGAAGGUCAAACCGGACUGGUCUACGACAGACUUCCCUUGGGCACUUGUUGGCACCGUAGUGUGGAGACUCGAGAUUAGUCCGACGAAGCAAAUCUGCCAGCUCAAUAGCUCUCGUCUAGAAUUCUACGCACUUACCCCAACCCUGCCGAACUUCUUCGCCAACAAAAUCAAGGUCGGCGUCCUUCGUGCCAUAGUCUUGCCUGCUCGAUCGAGUGGUGAGACCGACUGGGUUACGUAUUGUAUCAAGGCCGCGUUCGGCAAGUACGGUUUCUCGUAUUACGACGGAAAGAAAGCCUUCGCCGAAACCUCGAGCGGUGGUAAUUUCCAGUUGAGGAGAUGGACGAGCUUGAUCAAUACCGGGACCUAUGUCAAUUGCUGGGACCAAGCCGGUAUUGUUCAGAUUGAAAUUGGUCUAGGGCUCAACAGUUCCACUCAGUGGAAGUAUAUGGAGCCUUACGGCUAUUUGGUGAAGACGCAGUUGAUUGGCAUUGGAGAAUGUAACAAUCCGUUCUGCAAGCGCGACGGCACGCCUGCCGUUAUUGGCAAUAACGAUUCCAAACGCACCCAAUUCGGUUCUCACACAUUCAUCACUGUCUCCUCGAAAUCCAACAACGUCGGCGAUGCCACUGUCGGUCCACACCUUGCUUCCGAGACACUCCCACAAUAUGUGGAUGCGAGCAUUCAGAAGACAUCGGACACUACGCUUUACAGCACCACCGGUACUCAGCCAGGCACCGCUGCUAACGCCGGCGAUCGACACGGAAUCACCUCCAUUGACGAAUUCGAUAGCUCCAGUGGCAGUGCAAGCGCUUCUAGCGCUGCUUUGGCGGUCAUGUCUAAAGCAGCCACCACAGGAGUUGGAAGUCCCAUUUCGUUCACCAACCUCGACAUCGGUCGGAUUCAUGAGCUAUUCUCUCAGAAGAUCCACAGGGGAGGUGACGUUCUUUAUCACGCACACGAUAUAAGCCCUACUGGUAGUCACAUCGCUUGGGUCUUCGCCACUGAGGGUGGUCCAACCACCGUCGACAUUGUUAUACGUGAUUCUAACGAGGGUGCCAAGAACUACCUUGCUCACCAUCUCAACGGAUACUCCCAGCCAGUGGAUGACAUUUUCAAACCCGCCCCCGCUGACAUCGCCAAAGGCGAUGUUUGUUUUGUUUCAAUUACUCACAAGCAAUCGGAGAUGAUAUGGAUUCGAGGCAACGUGUUUGCGAGCGUUGCCGGUCCAGCAGACAUACAUACUCUCAACGAUAACAUCCUGGAGGGAAUUGAUAAGGUCUUUGUUGCCGGGACGAAGUUGCCUUCAGGUGGGGGAGAAUUGAUUCAGCAACGACCCACGAUCCAUGGCAUCAAUAUUCGGAAGAAGGUCAAAGUCGGCCAGGAAUUCAGUGCUUACGCUUCCGUCUCGAACUCUAAUCGCUCCAGGGUAUUCAACGGGGCUAACGAUAUUGUUGUCUUCCUCUCCCAAGACGACAAGACCCACACUUAUCGAUUCCGAGCGGAAAUUCCGGGAACAGAGAAGUUGCUGUUCGCUUUUGCGCAUUCGAUCACUGGGGUAGUCGUCACGAAGGAAGUGCAGGUGGAGGUGGUUGAGGAAUAAGCAUUGCAGACUGAUUGAUAUCUCUCGUCGAUACUUGUACUUUUAGGCCUUGGUCCAUAUGCAGAUGUCCGAAUGUAUUUUAGUGUACGCCGCAGAAUCCGAUCUAUGUUGUAUAGGAAUUUACAGGAUUUCUGUUGCUGCUUUGAAGUCAUUGGUGCCGUAUCCGAAUUUCAAUCUAUCUCCAGAUGU